CUUCUUCAAUCAUCAUCACAUCACCGAUCCGACCAAAAGCUGUCAGGCUAAUUCUCUCCCUGCGCGAAUCCGACAAUGGCUUGACGAGGUCCGGCCCCGACCCGACCCGACCAUGGCUCGGCGGAGCCACACCACCGACCUCGGCUGCAUCGCCUGCGACGACCUCGCCGACGUCGGCGCCGGCAAGGAGGGCUGGCUCGCCGACAACCCCAACCUCCUCUGCGCGCUCGACACCCACGCCCUCGCCCUCGCCGACCGCUCCGUCGUCCUCGUCAUCGGGUGGUCCGACCCCGAUUCCCCCCGGAUCAAGAUCCGGCCGGAGCUCUCCCCGAUCCACGCCGAGUUCAUCAGCGCCGUCGAGUGGCUGGUCUUCGACGAGAUCCGGGUCGUCGCCGUCGGCACCUCGCGCGGCCACCUGCUGAUCUACUCGCUGAACGGCGAUUUGAUCCACAAGCAGAUAAUACAUACUGCCCGGAUAUUAAGAUUGAGAGUUCGGGGAACUAAGAAAGACCUGACGACAGACACUUGUGCAGAGGAGGUUUGUGCUAUAAUGCCAGGUGUUAUCGCUCGUUUUGAUGGAUCUGAUAUACAGAGCAUGCUGUCUAGAUGGUCUCAAGAAACAAAUUCUAAGUUUUGGGAUGAAAUGGAAAGACGAAAGUCUGGUUUUCCGGGAAGCACUUUUGAACAAUUACCCUACCAGUUAUGGAAUGUCAACAAGUACGGUGCAUGUGCUGAUGCAGCAAUCACUGGGAUAAUGCCCCCUCCUUUGAUGGAAGUUCAGUCAAGUCAAAGGUAUUACCGUGCAAUUACCAUUGGUGAGGAUGCCGUAAUUUCAGCAUUCAGACUUUCAGAAGAUAGAAAUAGAUCCAUAGUUGGAGCAAUUCUCUCAAAGGUUGUGCCUGCGACAUUUUCAACAAUAGCUUCUUUCUCCAAAAUGAUAUGGCGAAGUGACCAAGCGUCAAUGCAAAAAUCAGAAGUGAAACCUCAAUCGUUUGCCCGAGCUUCUCCAUUGACAUGUUUGAAGGAUCAUCCUAGGAAGGGUGAAAAACUCACAUUAUCUCCCAGUGGUACACUGGCUGCAAUAACAGAUUCACUUGGCCGUGUUUUGCUAUUAGAUACUCAGGCCCUGGUGGUAGUGCGUCUGUGGAAGGGAUACCGUGAUGCUAGCUGUCUGUUCAUGGAGAUGCUAGUGAACAAUAGUUUGUCUUCAAGUUCCUCUCACUACGAAGCAACUAAGAGUGACUACUGCCUCUGCCUUGCUAUACAUGCACCUAGAAAAGGAAUCAUUGAGGUGUGGCAGAUGAGAACCGGACCUCGUCUUCUGGCUAUUUCAUGUGCCAAAGGAAGCAAAAUGCUGCAGCCCACUUACAGAUUUGGAACGUCAGUUUCGUCUCCAUAUGUCCCAUUGGAAGUUUUCCUGUUAAAUGGUGAUUCAGGUCAAAUCUCAGUUAUCAAUAGAUAUUCACAGCUAAAACUUUGAUUUUAGCGGACUAUUCUUGUUUCCUCUAAACUAAAGAAACGCAUAAUUGUAUUCUCACUGCUUGUGUCAAGAAAUAUAUCCCUCCCGUUUUUUUUUUCCUUUC